CAUUUGACAUUUGUUUUUAAUCCAUUGAAGGUUUUUUACGAAAGAUCGUUAUAUUGUCACUCAGUGACGCAACAAUGUAUAUAAGCCACCAAUGUCAAACAAGCUCGGUGGCUUUAUUCAUUUGGCCUAAGCUGUUUGCUGUACCUUAUAAUUUUUCAAAAUUUCUAAAUGCUUACAAUUUGAAACUAGCCUGAAACGCAUGCAGUGUUUAUAUUCUUAAUUAUUAUGUCUUUACAUGGGAUCAAAUUAAUUACAUUCGAUGUUACAAACACUUUAUUAAGGUUUCGUAUACCUCCAUACGAUUACUAUGCCUCUGUAGCACGGAGUCACGGUUUUAAAGGUACAGGUGUUGAUUUAAAAAACCAACUACUUAUCAGUUAUAAAGAUCUAUCAAAACAACAUCCCAAUUUUGGGAAAAAUAGUAUUUCCUGGAACAAUUGGUGGAGUCGGGUCAUUGAAAUGACCUUUCAGGGACGUUUGCCUACUGAGAAAAUCAAUGAUAUUUCCCAACAACUUAUUGAAGAUUUCAAAACUCCAAAGUGUUGGAAAGUAGCAGAUGGUGGUACAGACUUGAUCAAAUUAUUCAAGAAAUCAGGAAUUAUUGUGGGAGUUAUAUCUAAUUUUGAUCCUCGUCUACAUGAUAUACUUAUUAAUAUGAAAAUUCAUAGCUGCUUUGACUUUGUAUUAACCUCCUAUGAAGUGGGUGUAUGUAAACCUGAUAAAAAGAUCUUUGAAUAUGCUCAGGUUUAUUACGGCAAUAACAUAUUAUCUUCACAGCAAUGUCUUCACAUAGGAGAUGAUCUAGAAAAUGACUACAAUGGAGCAAAAGCAAUAGGAUGGCAUGCUUUACUUAUCACAAAUAAGAAUAUAAAAUUGCCAUAUUCUAAAAAUGUGUACCCAAGUUUGAAAGAUUUAUGUAAAGCAAUUGAAAAUGAUAAAUUACAGCUAUUAUGAUGUCACCUAAUCCAUACUUCCAUACUAAUAUUAUAGAUGCGAAAGUGUAUCUGUCUGUCUGCUAGCUUUUCACGGCUCAUCUGCUCAACUGAUUUUGACGAAAUUUGGUAUAGAGUUACUUUGUAUACUGGGGAUGAACAUAGGCUACAUUUUAACCUGGAAAAAAUUCCCAUGGGAUUUUCAAAACCUUGAUCCACCUAGCAUCACCAAGUUUCAUAUAAUUAAGCUUAUGUUUAGAAAUGGUUUGAAAUAUUAUUAAUAAACUAAUUACCAAAAACA